CUCGACCUGCUCGACCAACACCACAUCCGCCACGCAUGCUGGAAUGCUGGCACCUUCUUCAUCCUCAGUGCCCUCUUCAUCAUCAUCCUCCACUUCCUCCUCGCUCCCACCCUUCCUCAUGAACCCUGGCAUGGCAAGCAUGCUCUCUGGCUUCCCGGUACCAUUUUCCCAGCCGCUGUUCCCUGGGUCCCUACACCCUAGAGGCCUGUCCUCUACGCCAGCCCCUGCCUCCACUGCCUCCAAUUUCCUCUCUUCCUCCGGCCUGCUGGGGGCAGCGUUCAACCGCCCCGACACGCACCCCUCGCUUGCGGAAAACGGCGGGAGCAGCUCAGACGACGAUGUCAUAGAGAUACCCACAUUGUGAACUUUGGCCUGAGUCUGCAGACGCUGUUAUAUCAAUAUAAUG